CUGAGAACCACAAGCCAACCAGCCCCCACUCACUGCCUCCCUGUCUCAUCUCAUCCACCCAUCUCAGAUCUCAGAUUCCUCUCCUCAACUCCCAUCUUCUCAUUAAAAAAAACCCCUUCUUCUAGCUAGCUAGACAAGAAUCUUUUUAGGCAUCCAGACAGCACAGAAAGAUCUCUUCUGGGCUGUCCAUUUGACCAAAUUAUAACAUCUUUCGCUCAAGUCCAAGUCCAAGUCCAACUUUUAGUAGCAAACCCUAACAUGCAGAUACUUCAGAGGCUGUUCAAGGCAGCAGAUGAACAAUCAAGACAGCCCACUACUGCUACUACUAACGAUGAAAGGGCUGCCAAGUCAAAGGUAGUAGUUUGCUUCAGGAACUGCAAGGCUAACCGCAGGCUGAAGAGAUCAGCGGAAGAAGCCAACUUGCACCACCCAAAAGUGAACCCAUUCACCAUCUUCUUGCGCAGAAGAGACAUUGCCAAGACUUGCUUCUACGGCACGCUUAAUUUUAAGAGGCUGGGGAGCUUCAACAGGCGGCAGAGUCGGAUCUACUCCAUGAAAAUGAAGAAAGAAGGCAUUGCCAGAGGGCUGGGGGUCGGCAACAAGGCGGAUACAGCAGCUGGGAGCAAGGUGCUCCCGAUCAGCGAACCGGCAUUGUCGGCCCAAGGGAAGAAGGAGCAACGUGAGAUAGAAGAAAAGAGAGACGAGCCCGCCACGGGUGAGAAGAGCAGAAGCAGAAGCAGUAGCAGCUCUAGAAUGAAGGAGCUCUUGAGAUGGGCUGCUGCUGCUAAAUCUGAGAGAGGAAAGUAUCUAGGUCAAAUGAUGCUGCAGUUGAGGAAUAGGGCAAGCCUAAAAGCAGUGCCUGAUGAUGACCAGUUCAGCAAUAAUGAGUCUCCGAAGAUCAGCUUCAGAUGGGAAGUAGAGAGCUGUUCCACCCCUUCCUCUGUUUGCUCUGCGAUCUCAAUGGCUUCUUCUCAUUCCAAGAUUAACAUUCUUAAUGAUCGGCCCAUUAACCUCUCUUCUUUGAGUUCAACUCCUCUCCAUGACUUAGAAUUGGGCAGCUCAAGAAGAGGGAAUUGGAUCACCACAGACUCUGACUUUGUGGUGCUGGAGCUCUGAAGAUCAUCAGCCUCCAAAGAUGAAUUUUCGGUGUACUGCAUGCAAAAUUAGUUAAUUGUUUUAAUGGGUCUUGUUGUCCAUAUCCAGCUUAAUUAGCUACCAGUACUGUUGAAGAAGAUGCAGGAAUUAGUCAAAUGUAGGAAUAAUUCCAGGAUGUGAAGUGCAGCAUCCAUUAAGUGUUAGACAAACUUGGCCCUUCCUGCAAGCCAAUCAAAACUCACCAGUUCCCAACUAAUCGUAAAACGAAAGGAGAAUGUUUGUUCCGCCUCAAUUUAAAAAAAAAAAAAUGUACUCAUGGAAAAGUCGUCAAUAAUAAUAAUAAUAAU